AAACACCCAACUAUACUUCUGUUUAAGACUCCGCUUUUAAAGUAGCAAGAUUAGAAACUUAAAUUAGUGCAUGCUAAAUUUCCUUAUAGUUUCUUCUUGAAAAACAAUCUUUUUUAAAGAUGAUUGAACAGUUUCAAAAGCUUAAGUUAGUAAAUAAUGAGAUCGCAAUUGGAUUAUUAGUUCUGAUUAUAGUUUAUUUAAUAACUUACUUAAUUAAAAAACAGUCUAAGAAUUUACCACCUGGCCCUUAUGGAUUACCGAUUGUAGGAUAUUUACCAUUUAUGGCAGAAAGACCAUAUUUACAGUUUAUUGAACUGAGUAAAAAAUAUGGAAACAUAUUCAGCAUUAAUUUAGGCUACCGGAGAUUGGUCGUUCUCAACAGCGCAGAUGUUAUAAAACAAGCUUUGCUAAAGUCUGAAUUUCUCAGUCGACCACCAUACGGAGCUUUUACAACAUUCAAAAAAGAGAGUCCUUUCUUCACAAGUCCUAUUCAUGUCUGGCAGGAGCAGAGAAAGUUUGUGGUGCAGUCCAUGAAAGAUUUAGGAUUAGGCAAAUCGAAAAUCGAAGAACAUGUUAAGGAUGAAAUAUGUGCCUUUGUAGAAGUACUGAAAUCUCACAAAGGAAAAACAAUGAAUCUCAAAGUUCCCUUAGCUCCAAGCAUGUCCAACAAUAUUUCAGCAUUGGUGUUCGGUCAACGAUAUCAGUAUGAUCAUCCAGACAGAAUACGCUUGGACCAAAAUGCAGAGGACAUCAACAAGCAUCUCGGACAAACUGGCUUAUUGCAACUCUUUCCGUGGAUGCGAUACAUUCCUUUUGUUAAAGGACAACAGUAUAAAGAGGCUUAUUCAGCAUUUGAGAGUACGCAAAAUUUGUUUAGUAAGUACAUAGAAGAGCAUAAAAAAACUUUGGAUUCUCAAAAUAUUCGGGACUAUGUAGAUAGAUAUUUAUUGGAAAUGGAUUCCAGGAAGCGAAAUGAUCCCAAAACGACUUUCAAUGAAACCACGCUAGUGGAUAGUUCUAUGGAUUUGUUUGGAGCCGGAAGUGAAACAGUUUUCACAUCCAUCUUAUGGUGUGUUUAUAUAAUGGCAACGUAUCAAGAUAUACAGAAACGAGUGCAGAAAGAAAUAAUGGAUGUCAUAGGUCCUGAUAGGAUGGCAGAAUUAUUAGACCAGAAAUCAAUGCCUUUUGCUCAUGCGACCAUCAUGGAAGUUCUACGUUGGAUAACUAUUGUGCCAUUAAAUCUUUUGCAUUAUACUACAGUGGAUACUACUCUUGGUGAUUAUUUCAUACCACGUGAUACAGCAGUAAUAGCUAACUUUUGGGCAGUUCAUCAUGAUCCAAAAUACUGGAAUGAUCCUGAUGUUUUCAAACCAGAGAGGUUUUUGUCAGAAGAUGGAAAGUCUGUUGUUAAACCUCCGAAUUACAUGCCUUUUUCUCUGGGUAAAAGAGUCUGCCCUGGAGAAACGAUGGCUUACAUGGAACUUUUCCUGUAUUUUGUGACCAUUUUGCAAAAGUUUGACAUUGUCUUUCCUGAUGGUUUUAAACCAACUUUCGACUCUCAUCCUGGACUUACGCUGCGACCAAAUGAUUAUGAAAUACGAUUUUUGAGUAGAAAUUAGUUCUACAAAAACAUUAUGAUAUGACACUAAUCUACAAAUAAGUGCAAACGUACAAAAGAGCGGGAAAUGAAGUGCGGAAAUUUAAAAAAAAAAUUACAUAAUAUAAAAUUUUUUACUUCACAAGAACAAAAAUUAGUGUUCGAUAUAUGUGUAUAGAAAUUUUUUUUAGAUAAAAUCUAGUAGCAUCUUGAUAUUAGUUUUUUGUAUUAAUAUGAACUCACUGAAGGUUUUUGUUUUAUUGAUCUGCAACAUUGCUGAAUUAUAAAGUCACAAUAUCACUGCCUUACUUUGAUGCUAAAAAUAAAUUUUGUUGAAGUCUGAAA